GUGCGUGAGGAGGGGCGAGCGGGGCAGAGCGAGGAGGAUGAAGGUGGCCGAGUGGGGGUGAAGGGGCAGAAGUCUCCGGGGAAGCCCCCCGCCCCCCGUCGGUCUCCGGCAGUGUGACCUCCGCAACGUCGACCCUCUGCGAGGAAGCCAAGGCGGCUUUCGGCCUCCUGCCACUUUCCUUCUCGCAACAACACUGUGAGUUAUUGGAGCAGCGAUGGAGAACCCAGUGGGCAGCUCAUCUCCCCCUGCACAUUUUCCAGAAGGAGACGGAUCCAAGGAGAACAGCGAUGUCCCAGCUGGGCUAAAUCACAUGGAAGGAUCGUGCAGCGGUAGCACCUCCCAGUCUGCCAGCAAUCCAGAUUUUGCAGAGGACUUGCUGCAAACUCCAGCGCUACGAAAUGAGUCAUCUAAUAAAGCUGAAAAUAGCGAAGCAAGACCUGAGGAGGAGCAAAGAACAAAGAGAGGAGGCUGGUCCAAGGGGCGGAAAAGGAAGAAACCCUUAAGGGAUAGCAAUGCACCUAAAUCUCCCCUAACAGGUUAUGUGCGGUUUAUGAAUGAACGAAGGGAGCAGCUUCGAGCGAAGAGGCCUGAAGUUCCAUUUCCAGAAAUCACCAGGAUGCUAGGGAAUGAAUGGAGUAAACUGCCCCCGGAAGAAAAGCGGCGCUACCUUGAUGAAGCUGAUCGAGAUAAGGAGCGUUACAUGAGAGAGCUGGAGCAGUACCAGAAGACGGAGGCGUACAAAGUCUUCAGUAGGAAAGCACAGGACAGACAGAAAGGCAAAUCACAUCGACAAGAAGGAGCACGGCAGGCUGCCCAUGACCAUGAGAAAGAAACUGAUACGAAGGAGAGGUCCAUUUUCGAUAUUCCAAUCUUCACAGAGGAAUUCCUCAACCACAGUAAAGCGCGGGAAGCGGAACUGCGCCAGCUGCGCAAGUCCAACAUGGAGUUCGAGGAGAGAAACGCUGCCCUGCAGAAGCACGUGGAGAGCAUGCGCACGGCCGUGGAGAAGCUGGAGGUGGACGUGAUUCAGGAGCGCAGCCGCAGCACGGUGCUUCAGCAGCACCUGGAGACCUUGCGGCAGGCGCUCACCAGCAGCUUUGCCGGCGUCCCACUGCCAGGAAGUGGAGAGACCCCCACGAUGGACACUAUUGAUUCAUAUAUGAAUCGGCUGCACAACAUCAUCCUGGCAAACCCGCAGGAGAACGAGACCCUGAUAGCCACGGUCCGGGAGGUCGUGAACCGCCUCGAACGCUAAUGGCUUGCUUAGCUUAAGUGGAAAGCCCAUUGCCCUUCCAGUGAGCAGCCAGAUGGAACAGAUGACAGUUCUAAGUCAACUCUGCUUCCCGCAGGAUGAAGAAGCAGCACUUCUGCUAUUUUAUGAAGGGGAACAGCUUGUGGACACAAGUCUGGGCUUUUCCCAUAGCUCAUCAACCUUCUCAUUUUAACAGUACUUUUUCUGUUUGUGUGCCUGUAAGCUGGAAAGAAGAGGCCCGGGGAAUUCGAGAGUGGGAGGCCAGCUCCAUCAGCAGCAGGCUGGCAACCAGUGAAGGGGUCUCCCUUGAGGCAGAUGUGGAAGGACGCCCCAAGCCAGAUGUUUCCCAUUUAACCUGCCUUGCCAGCAAAUCCUGUGUGAAGUUUCAUACUUGAAGACAGCUAGCUAUAAAUGUGGGGUUUUUUGCUGGGAAAGACCCUGGGAGGCAUUGUUUGUGGCACCCGAAUGGACAUUUUUUUAGCUCCUGGAAAUACUGCACUCAUAUUUGAACCACUUGAAGCAACAACAAGAAGCGCCAGCCACCACCCUUCUACUCACCCCUGGUUCUUUCAGUUAAGAAGGCACAUUCUUGCUCCCUGAAAAAAAGAAAAGAAAACCCCUAGAUGAGGCAUUUUAUAAACUUGCAGAUGGGGAGUAUUAUCCGAAUAUGAAAAUUCAGAUAAUGUUGGUGUUCCACGUAUGUUUGGUGUAAUUUAUUACUCUAGCCGUUCACUAAGCAAAAUAUUCAUCCAGCAAGAGGAGGUUGCUUGGGCAAAUAUGAAUAUUUAGCGUGAGGCAAUUACUGAUAAAAAGAGCUGCUCACAGCCAUUAACUCACUUGCCAUGUCUCAGAUCAUUUUAAAUGGAAACUGUACCUUUCUGACAAGUGGGUUCCCUUUGGAAUUUUGAUACACUUGAUAAUAAAGCAAAUUUAAGAGAAUUCCAGUUUAAAAAAUAAAUUUAAAACCAAUAAGUAAAAGAGCCUAGCCAAAAAUAACAGCAACAGCAGGACUGUAAAAGCACUGUCGGAACAAGUUGCAAAAUAACAGAGCAAGAAUAAAUGUGCUUAAUUAAAUCUCGGUUGGUAGAGCGAAAAAGAUAAAAUUGCACUCCUGAAAAGAGGGGGAAUGUGCCUACAAAACUCCUAGGGGCAAAGAACAGGCUGUUGCUAGUGGUUGAGGGUGGCCUGGAUUCCACAAGUUAGGGCACCUGGAGAAGUUCGCAAGGAGGCUGAGCGGAGGCUCCUACGGGAGAAGGCGUCACCCGUGAGGCUCUGGACCAAGGCUGCUCAGUGUGCUUAAAAGUCAAGGGCUGCGUCUUGAGUAGACAUGGAAGCAGGUGGUGAACAACGAAGGUGUUUCAGAACAGGCAUUGCGUGUUCGGUGGUUAAAUUCUGAGCCAGUUGACAGUUCUGGAUUAUAUUCCAAGGCACAGUCUUUUCUGGUUAAUGCUCCAAAGAUACAAACUUCUAAGCCUUUCUCUUCUCCCAUCCCCACCCCUGGCUUU